CCUCCACCGAAGGAGGAGGAAGGUCUCCUCCUCCCCCAGCGACUGUGGUGGCGGAGGCUGUCCAUCUGCGACAAGGGCGGAGGCUGACUCCUAUUCUCCUUCCCUCCCUUCCCUCCUCCUCUUGCUCUCUUCCAAGUUUCUGCUCCUCCCUCCUUCUCACAAACUUUCCCGUCGCUCUUGCUCGGCUCCCGGCUCGCUCCUCUCGGCUGCGCGGCGGAUUCGCUUAGCCUGCCAGCCCGUCCCUUCGACCCUGCCCCGCUGCUCUGUCACGUCCACCCCGCGGACCGAACCGGACCUUCAAACAAGCGGCGGCAGCGGCGGCGGCGGCGGCGGGGGGGAUUGGCACCCACCGUUUCCCGGACGGAGGAUUUGAGCUGACGAAUUGCCUUUUGGGGCUCAGGGUCAGAGCCCAGAGCAGCCAUCACAAUAGCGUCCAACAGCUGGAACACCAGCGGCAGCCCUGGGGAGGGGCGAGAAGAUGGACAAGAAGGAAUGGACAAAAGUCUGGACAAUGAUGCCGAAGGAGUGUGGAGUCCAGACAUUGAACAGAGCUUCCAGGAGGCACUGGCAAUAUACCCGCCCUGUGGUCGGCGGAAGAUUAUCUCAGAUGAAGGCAAAAUGUAUGGACGCAAUGAACUGAUAGCAAGAUACAUCAAGCUACGGACAGGGAAGACAAGGACUAGAAAACAGGUCUCUAGCCACUUGCAGGUUCUAGCCAGACGGAAAUCUCGUGAGAUUCAGUCCAAGCUGAAGGCUAUGAACCUGGAUCAAGUCUCAAAGGACAAGGCUUUGCAGAGUAUGGCUUCAAUGUCUUCGGCACAGAUUGUGUCUGCUAGUGUCCUGCAGAACAAGCUGAGUCCUCCUCAUCCACUCCCUCAGGCUGUCUUCUCUGCUGCUCCCAGGUUUUGGAGUGGGCCUAUCCCAGGACAGUCUGGACCUUCUCAGGACAUUAAACCUUUUGCACAACCACCCUACCCCAUUCAGCCACCCAUGCCUCCAUCACUAGCCAGCUAUGAGCCCUUGGCUCCUCUUCCACCUUCUGCCUCAGCUGUGCCAGUCUGGCAGGACCGAACAAUUGCCUCUGCCAAGUUGCGGCUCCUUGAGUAUUCAGCAUUCAUGGAAGUACAGCGUGACCCUGAAACGUAUAGCAAACACCUUUUUGUGCAUAUCGGACAGACGAACCCCUCAUACAGUGACCCACUCCUGGAAGCAGUGGACAUACGCCAGAUUUAUGACAAGUUUCCUGAGAAAAAAGGUGGCCUGAAAGAACUUUAUGAAAGAGGACCCCAGAACUCCUUCUUCCUUGUCAAGUUUGGUCUUAGUCUUCCAGAAUGUUGGACCAAUUCCCAUCCAACAUUGAAGAAGGCUGAUAUAAUUGGGGGUGCGGAUCUGAACAGCACUAUACAGGAUGGUCCUGGUGCUUUUUAUGUAAGCAGUCAAUAUAGCAGUGCUGAAAACAUGACCAUCACAGUCUCCACUAAAGUGUGCUCCUUUGGAAAACAAGUUGUUGAAAAAGUGGAGACUGAAUUUGCUCGGAUGGAGAAUGGAAGAUGUGUCUAUCGAAUCCAUCGGUCUCCUAUGUGCGAAUAUAUGAUCAACUUCAUCCAUAAACUGAAACAUCUUCCAGAAAAAUACAUGAUGAAUAGUGUCCUGGAGAAUUUCACCAUCCUACAGGUUGUUACAAACAGAGAUACCCAGGAAACAUUACUUUGCAUAGCGUUUGUUUUCGAGGUAUCAACCAGUGAGCAUGGAGCUCAGCAUCAUGUGUACAAGUUGGUCAAAGACUAAAGGCCCCUCUGGGUUGACUGGACAAUUUAAAAAAGAGGGAGGAAAGAGAAGUCUUGUCAGAGAAGCCACCUCUAUAGGAUGCCUUGACACACAUCCUUUGAAAAUGAACAAAGAAAAAAUAUGCCAAAAAAAUGACUCAUACUCAGAUGUUUUCUACUUAGGAACAUUUUGAACAAACAAACAGAAAAAAGCAUUACAAGAAAGCAUAAAGUGAAAGGAGAAUUAUAUCUGGAGGCAGCAGGAAGAACUGAUCUUGGGGGCUAGAUCAUCAGUAUUUCAGGAGAUGUUGGUGCCAAGGUCUGGUACCUCUUGAUGCCUUCCCAGCAACAAAAUGCUAACAGCAUCUGGUGAAACGAGACUCUUGUUAAUAUCCAUAUGUGCCUAUGUUUUCCAUGCCAAAUUCCAGAUUCUGUCCUAGUGGCUUUGAUCUGCCGAGAACAAUGAACAUGGGCAGCUGAAGAUGCUUUUCUAAGAAAGGUGGGAAAUCUGAUGCUGCCUUUGAACCGAUCGAGUCCCUGAGGAAGAUAAUGAUUUUUUAAAAAGAAAAUAUCUCUUGAUUCACAAGUCUGUGUGCAGUGCCAAAAUAGGGUUGGGGCAACAUGGGGAGUUGUUGGUUAAUUAUAAGGAAAUAACGUUAUUCCCUUAAUACCCUGGGCAUUUUAAAAUGCAGGAUUGCUGCAUUUUCCCACUUCCUACCCAAGCUGAGAAGCUGGUGGAAGGCUUCUGCUGAUGAUUUAUGACAAAAAAGUGUGGCAAUUUUGUCCCAGAUGCUUGAAUAGAAGAUGAGUAUAGUAGUAUGAGCUUGUGGGAGGGGAAGAAGGCAAGGGUAUGGAUGUGCAAGAAAGAGAGAGAGUGGCUGACUGGCUGACUUGGGAAAAAAGAAUGAGAACCCCAGCAAGCAAAGGAAGGUCUUGUGGGAUAUUAUAAGUUAGAGUAUGUAUUAGAAGAAGGAGGGCACUGGGAGGAAAGCAAAUUGGGUAAUCAUGAAAUUAACAGUCUGACUAGGCUAGGGGGAUUGCAAGAUAGCUGUCUAAGGCAGUGUCUUUCAACCUUAACAACUUUUAAGAUUUGCAGACAGCUGGCGGGGGAAAUCUGGGAGUUGAAGUCCACACAUCUUAGAGUUGCCAAGGUUGAGAAACAUUGGUAAAUGGUCUAGGGAAAUGUUUGGGCUGGCUAAGGCUGAGUAAUUUGGACAUGUUUCCAUACGUCUGUGGGAAUUUAACAACUCUCAUAAGAAGCUAUUUUCUUAUGUUUUUACUUUUUUCUUCGUUUGUAUAUUUGCCUUGCCAAAACAUUAUGGGAAAAGCAUAGACCAAAGCAUUAUUCUGGUGAGGUAUUAAUUUUCUGCUUCUGUGCUAGUCACAGAAAAAGGGGCAGAAUAAUUGUCCAGAUACUUUUUACCCCCUCUGUAUUACGUAUCUUUCCCUAGCAAAUCCUUGCAGGGUUUGCUAGCAUCAAACUAAUUAAGGAGAUACUGAAAGACAAAAUGUAGUCCCACGUCACUUGAAAGCUGUAUUGUUUCUUGCUGAAAAUGCUGAUGUUUAAGUCUAAACACAGGCCUCUGGUUUUAAGCCUAGAGUUUAACAUAGUUGCCUUCUAAUUUAGAUUGGUGCUUUUAGGACUUCUGUUACAGAAAUAGCGUCAAUAUCAUCAUGCAUGGCAUCUACUGGACUGAGGCCCAGGAGAUUUCAACUAUACCCUGUCUUAACUAUUAGCACGUAGUUUUGAGUAGUAGAGGAUUUAACGGAAUGUAUGAUUUUUGCCUGUCCCUACCAUUGAGUCUCUAUCACUGAGCUUUUCCUAUCUUGUCCUACGGGUUUUUUUACUGAAACAAAAACCACCUCUUCUUGUCCAAUUCCUUCUGAUCAACCCAGCAAGACUAACCCCUAGACCAUUGACCUUUCCCAAAGCAAGUAGAAUUCUGAUGGAGGAACUCCCAAGCAGGUACUUGGGAAAGGGGCACACUAGAAGGUAAAGAUGUGAUUGUUGGAAAAGGGAGCACAGGAGGUUACUCCUUUCUAGAACAAUUUGGAAUGCACAGGUCAAAGCCUGCCACUAUUACAUUUUCAUGCUUGGGUAUCUGUCCCACUUUAAAUGGAUGUUUUUUAAGGUGCUGUAAAGGAGACAUUUCAUCACAAUGAAAUGUUAUUUUCCCCAUAGUAUUAUUAGCAUAUAGGAGGACAGCCCCCAAAGAGACUGUGAAAAGUAGAUGGGAAAUUUCAGAAUAAAAUAUGUUAAAACAGAUGAGUUGUGAAUUUAGUUCAUGGCACUGGGUCGCAUAAUAUUCAGGUUAAACUUCUGCCUUAACAUUGGUUAUUCCUUCUUUUUCAAGGGGUUUUGUGCUUUGGGGGUGUCGUUUUUGCCACUGUCUGUCUGUCUCUCUGUCUGAGAGGGUAGAUAGUAGUUUUGUUUUCGUAAAAUCAUGCUCUCUUUUUCAUAACUGACGUGGGCCUCAUUUUCACUAUUGGCCUGUAUGACCACUACAUUACUGAUCUAGUACCGUUUUCACUACCUGAAUUGUCAGCUUUUGCUGGAAGGACCAGAUACAAAGGCACUGGCUAAUUCAGUGUUUGAUCAGAAGAGUAAGAAUGUUCUUAAGAGCCUUUGGACUGUUGUUUGAGUGACACAUGCAACUCCAAGGUGGCAACAUAAGAAAAACUGACAGAGUCGUUUCCCAACCCUUUGAAGGAUGUUUUAAAUUCAAGUAAGAUUGUGUGUCGUCCCCCACCCCCAUAUUAAUUGAUUGUAAUUGAUUCCACCCAAGAACUUCUGGAUAACUCCAUGACAAUGUUAGAACAAACACUCCUUUCUGUAUUAAGGAGUUCCCAAGGUGAUCAUACUAAUGGAAUGGUACACAGAAAUGGAAUUUGUAGAGAACCAAGUCACAAUUUGCUCAGAACUGUGCCUUAUUUUGCAACAUGUUGUGUUCUGGAGAGAUGAGCAACAUAACAUGUGCUGAAAAUUCUUAUCAAGCCAUGCCAAGUGGAAAUUGUGCUUCUCCUUUCCUCCUUGCCUCAUGUUAAGUCUGCUCCACUGUCCUUGAUAAAUUGAAUGUUCCAAGCACAACCUCAUGUGUUUUUGGGCAAACUGGGUCACUGUGAUGUCACAAUCUUCAGUCCUAAAUGUUAUCCUUAGGAAGAAUUGACUGGACAGUAAAUGCCAGCUUUGACAUUCAGGUACGUUUUGAGAUUCCUCAAGCCUUUGGGGAAAGAGGUACAGCAUCCUUGGUAUAAAAUAAUAGCUAUUACAGCUAUUAAUAUGGGAGAAGGCAAAAUCAAUAGAGCCUGGGAUGUUGAAUUCCUUUUGUUUCAGCCCUCAGCAUCUAUAAGGACAGGAGUGCUGGCUGAUUUAUAUGUAGCAUUUUUCAUUCCUAAAUGAAAAAUUCUAGGAAUUAAGAUUAAACUUUCCCUAUUCUCAUUAGUUCAUG